GGCAACAUUCAACUUCCACAUCCAACUUCCAAUCUUCACUUUCAUUUGUCGCCCUUACCACUUUUCGACGAUUCUUGUAGACUUGGGCUUACUGAUAAAUAGACGGGUUUAUUUUCUGUUUUAGUCUCGAUAUUCCUCACAAUCUUUCCGCCAUCUCCGUGGUGAAUCUCACUGCAUCUCACUCAUCGACGUCAACAUCUCCAAGUCUUGGCAUCAAACACCCUCUUGGCCAGCUGUUUACAACACCGUGUCCGACCAUGGCCUCCAAACUCCCAGCCUUUGCGCUGUUCCCCCUCGCCGCAUGGAGGGACCAACUUAUCCCCGAUGAAUGGGUCGCUUGCCUAGACGCCUGGCUCGCACUCAUCGACAACCACCUCUCGCUUCCCGACCCGGACAUCCUCUCCAUCUCAGCCAAAGACGAGAGCCUCACGGCAUUCCUCACUUCCUUUACCCGCGAAACCGCUCUUGGCAGCACCACCAUCCUUGGUCCAUCUCAAUCAGCAAAGCGCCUACUCAAGGACUCCUUCCUCUUAACCUCGCGACUCCUUCGAUCCCCCUCGCCACCGGUUCCCCUAACGCAAUGGGAGUUCCUCUCCGACCUUUGUCGUGUCUACGGCAAGAAGCGAUCUUCUGAGCUCUUAUCCACCCUCUCCGACUCAGCGCAACAGUCUCUAGACGCCUCAUUAUCCGCCCUCAAGAAGUUCCUCAUUAAGAACCUGGACCUCGGUCUCCAAGGCGGCGACUUGAAGGGCAUAGAACAGCGACUGGACCGAGUAAACGACCUCAUUGGAUCUUCCCCGCAAGUAGCCAGCUUCUUCCUGGCCGGGAGCGACUUCCUCGACGGGCUUGUGUCUUGCUACAAGGUCAUGAAUCCUCCUCUACGCAAGGUGAUCAUUGCCACGACCUACCUCUGCGUGGUCGGGCUGGCGGACGGUAGCCAGGAUCAGAAACUGUCCGCGCUAACGGAUCAGCUAUACUCGCUCAAGGCGGCGGCGGAUGCGCACAAGGCUGGGCCAACGAAUGUCAACGAUUCUUUGGUGGCGGAGUUGGUAACUUCCACGCCAUUACUACAACAGUUGCAGCGGAAGCUGGAGAGCGUAGGGUCUGGUAACAACCGAACGAAAUCCGUCCUGAAAGAAUUGGCAAGAUUCAAGAAACCCGGCGGCGGAAUCCCUCGCCCCAAAAGGCUCGUCAACCGUCAACGAAAAGCCAUGGACAAAGGCAAGGGCAAAGACCUUUCCUCGUUCGAAGACACGCAGCAACAACAAGAGAUCCACAUCCACCGGAUGUCCCAAAUCUCUCAAAUCCAGGAUCUCUUCCCCGACCUAGGCUCCGGCUUCAUAUCAAAGCUCCUCGACCACUACUCCUCCGACACCGAGCAAGUCGUCGCCUGUCUCCUCGAGGACUCACUCCCACCGCACCUCCAAUCAGCCGACCGAUCCGCCGCCCUUUCACCCCCAUCCCCAAAACAACCCAAACCCCAAGGACACAUCCGCUCUCCAAGACCCACCCCACCCCUACCUCCUCCGACCACCACUACCACCACCAACCCCCUCGACGACGACGACUUUUUACUGUCAGUGCCCUCCUCCCAACUCCAACUCGGCAAACGCACCGACACCUCCGCCGAUCUCUUACUCUCCGCCCCACCCACCACCUCCAACCCCUCCUACAAAUCCCGCAUCCUCUCCGCUCUCGCAGCCUUCGACUCCGACGACGACGAGCGCGACGACACCUACGACGCCGCGGAUGUCGGCGGGACAGUGGACGCGGCGACCGUUGCUGCCGGUGUCGAAGACAUCCGGCUACAAGACAGCCAACCUUCGCAGGGUUCCCAGGGUGGUGGGUUGGCGGAAGCGACAGAGGCGAUGCUGUAUGAGGUGUGGAAGACGCGGCCGGGUGUGUUUGGCCGCGACGCGGAGACUAGACGCGGGAGGGAAAGGAAGGAGUUACGCGACAAAACGGGGCUGAGCGAUGAGGCGGUGGAAGGGUGGGGGGUGAUGAUUAAUCGCGAUCAGGGCAUGAAGAGGAGGUUGGAGAGGAGGUUUGGCGAGGGGGCGUUUAGUGGGGUGCAGAAUGAGAUACAGACGACUAGGUGGCGAGACCGAGGAGGGGAGGAUGGGGAGACUGAUACGGACGGUGAUGGUGGUGGUGGUUUUAGGGGUGGAUAUGGGGGGCCAAGAGGUGGAAGAGGUGGCGGCGGCGGCGGGAGAGGUAGGGGGAGAGGAGGCAGGGGAGGUGCUGGUGGUGGUGGUGGAAGAGGUGGUGGUGAGGCUGGGAGUUCGACCGGGCAAGGAGCGCCGGAAUCUGAUCUUGCGAAGAGGAGAAAGGAGGCGAAUAAGGGGAGUAGAGCGAAUCAUAACCGGAGAGAUCAGAGGGCUAAGAAGAUGGCUAGGGGUGGGUUUGGUGCGUGACGUGAGGUAAGGCUGAUUGAAGCUUAAUAUGGUUGUUACAAAGAGAAGGAAGCAGCACAGAUGGGUGUUUGAUUGGGAUCGGAAAAUCAUGCGACCGAUAUUUUAGUUUAUAGAGAAAAGAAGCAAUUUUUGAUGAUCAACAAAACAAUCCUUCCCAUUAUCAACCCUUCUGCCUCAACCCCGUUUCGCUUCCACUGAUCAUUUGUUCGAUUGUAGAUAACGAGAAGUUCAAGCUUAACAUGCUCCCAUGUGUGAAGAGGGCUGCCUGUCCUAUAUAUACACCUCGCUUGCAUUAAGGGGGAAAUUCACCUCAGCUACGAACUAAACAGAUUUCGCGG